CACAUUAGAAAGGGACGGAAAGGGAAAUGUGGAUGGAAUUUUAAGAAAUCCAGCUUUGUCUUAGCUUUCCGUGAGCAAUUAAUCGACCCGAAAAUUAAUUCCUCCAAUGAAAUUAAGGGGCACAAAGGAAUUUAUGGGUUCUCUUGUUUUGAUAUUGUUUGACUUUAACCAAGCCUAUGACUCUUCAAACGCAUAGAAGAGAAUCCCAUCUUUUCUUUAAUCCUUUAUUCUCAUUCAGCAGUGCUUCCGUGAAAGUUUGAAUCUGUUUUCUUAUUUUAUUUGGAAUCAAACGACAAAGAUUUAUCCACCACAGCAAUUAUGCAAGUAUUACGUAGCAAACUUGAGCAGGUCUAGAAUAUGUACCUUCAGUAGAAAAGUUUGGAUUAUUCAUACACUGCAAUGAUGUGUUCUCUGUAGAUUCAGAUACGUCGUGAGAGUUGUAUAAAUCGGGAAGCAUGGCGAUCAAUGAGGAUGUGGAGAAUGUUGUGCAGGAGAACAUAAGGGAGCCACUCAUGAAGGGUACUGGAGAGGGAUCUGGUCAUGGAAGCAGCAAAGAGGAUCAAUGGAUGGUUUACCUGAGCACAUUUGUCGCAGUUUGCGGCUCUUAUGAAUUCGGAUGCUGUGUGGGUUAUUCAUCGCCUACUCAGUCUGCCAUCACGGAAGAUCUCAAUUUAUCAGUGUCGGAGUACUCAGUGUUUGGCUCCAUUCUCACAUUUGGUGCAAUGAUAGGUGCUAUCACAAUUGGACCCAUCACCGAUUUUGUUGGUCGAAAAGGGGCCUUGAGAAUGUCCUGUGCUUUCUGCGUUGCAGGUUGGCUUGCUAUUUACUUUGCUGAGGGUGCUUGGGCUCUUGACAUUGGGAGAUUGGCAACUGGAUAUGGAAUGGGAGCUUUUUCAUAUGUUGUACCUGUUUUCAUUUCUGAAAUUGCACCCAAAAAUCUUCGAGGAAGACUAACUGCUUUAAAUCAGUUAAUGAUUGUUUCUGGAGUCUCUGUCUCCUUCAUAAUUGGGAUUGUAGUAAGUUGGAGGGCUUUAGCACUAAUAGGACUAAUUCCGUGUGCUGUGACCCUUUUUGGUCUCUUUUUCAUUCCCGAGUCUCCAAGAUGGUUGGCAAAGACAGGACGCCACAGAGAUUUUGAAGUUGCACUACAGAAACUUCGCGGGAAAGAUGCUGACGUAUCUCUUGAAGCAGCAGAAAUCAAGGAAUAUAUAGCAACUAUUGACAGUCUCCCUAAAGCCAAAUUGCUAGAUUUGUUUCAAAGGAGAUACUUGCCCUCAGUCUUGAUAGCAGUUGGCUUGAUGGUCUUUCAACAACUGGGAGGAAUCAAUGGCGUUUGUUUUUAUGUCAGCGAUAUUUUUGAGCAAGCAGGAUUUUCUUCCACUGUUGGAACUAUAACCUAUGCUAUUCUCCAGGUUGUGGUAACUGGCAUUGGUGCAUCCAUAAUGGAUAAAGCUGGACGAAAGCCUCUGAUUUUGAGUUCUGCAUCAGGAUUGCUACUUGGCUGUGUAGUGACUGCAAUUGCAUUCUUUCUCACGGCUCAAGAAUUGGCUCUCAAUGUUGCUCCCGUACUUGCUGUAACUGGCAUACUGAUCUUUAUAGGAGCCUUUUCAAUUGGAAUGGGAGCAGUACCUUGGAUUAUUAUGUCUGAGAUAUUCCCUAUAAAUAUUAAAGGGCAGGCCGGAAGCUUAGCCACGCUAGUGAACUGGUUUGGUGCAUGGUUGUGUUCCUACACUUUCAACUUCCUUAUGAGUUGGAGCACCUAUGGUACCUUCAUUCUGUAUGCAGCAAUCAAUGCUUUAGCUAUAGUUUUUGUGAUUUUCUUUGUACCUGAAACAAAGGGGAAAACUCUGGAACAAAUCCAAGCAGCCAUAAGCAAAGAGAGAAGUGAAGAAAGAUAAAGAGAAGAAAUGGAGAGCAUUUUUGUGGGUAGUUCUCAUCGAGAUAAUGGGAUCUUUUGCAACUCCAUCGCCGAAACUUGGUAGAUGGACUAUGCUUCCAAAUAAGAAGAAUAUUGUAUGGCAAUAUUGAACUCCUAUGUUCUUAUUAAGAAUAAUGAGGACAAAAGCUGUCGCUGAUGUUUCUAGUUUUGUGCUUAUUUACCCCAAAAGAGCCGAUACAAGGUGAUAAAAUAUGUAUUAUUCAAUUUUGAAAACAUAUUGAAAGCAUUAUAUGCUGCAUUUGCAGUUGGAUCGAGUGUAUCAUUGUAACAGUACAUUUCAUGUUUAC